AUGGGCAAAGGGCGGUGCAGGGAAGGUGCAGUGCAGGGAAGGGGCAGUGCUGGGAAAGAGCGGUGCCAGGAAAGAGUGGUGUCGGGAAAGAGCGGUGCUGGGAAAGAGCGGUGCCGGGAAAAAGUGGUGCUGGGAAGAGCAGUGCUGGGACAGAUCGGUGCAGGGAUAGAGCGGUGCAGGGACAGAGAGGUGCUGGGAAAGAGCAGUGCCAGGAAAGAGCGGUGCUGGGAAAGAGCAGUGCCAGAAAAGGGUGGUCCCGGGACAGAGUGGUGCAGGGAAAGAGCAGUGCCGGGAAAGAGCGGUGCAGGGAAAGAGUGGUGCCGGGGAGGAGCGAGCAUGGAAAGAGUGGUGCAGGGAAAGAGCGGUGCAGGGAAAGAACAGUACAGGGAAAGAGCAGGAGAAGAGAGAAUUUUCCUACAAGAAAACCAACGCAAAUGA